ACUACAACGCCUGCUAGUACUACUGCUAGUACUACUGCUGCUACUACAACGCCGGCUAGUACUACUGCUAGUACCACUGCUGCUACUACAACGCCUGCUAGUACUACUGCUAGUACUACUACAACGCCUGCUAGUACUGCUGCUGCUACAACGCCUGCUAGUACUACUGCUAGUACUACUGCUGCUACUACAACGCCUGCUAGUACUACUGCUGCUACAACGCCUGCUAGUACUAGUACUACUGCUGCUACUACAACGCCGGCUAGUACUACUGCUAGUACUUCUGCUAAGACACCUGCUACUACUAUACUUGGAACUACUGCUCACACGGCCAGUACUGCGCCAGCAUGUAGGAUCUGAUUCGGGGCAUAAAAGUUUUUUUUUGUUUUUGUUUUAUUUUGCGGACGGACACACGCGGAAGUUAUUGACCGGAAACCGCUCGUCCGCACACCAACCCUCCCGUGGCCGAAUUUGCCAACGAGUAGAAGGAGGGUGGGUAUAUGUGACAUCACCUAUGGAAACAUCAUCUCUGGAAGUACGAGAAGUUUCCUUGCAAAUAGGAAACGGAACGCAGGAGACAAAGUGAUGCUUGAAAACACGUCUUGCAGACCAAACUGGACCAUAAACUAGUGAACUAUUUUUUUUAAAACAUGUAGGCCAACUUUGAAAAAAUUCACUGAGAGAGAAUUAUUGAAAACUACCUAGAUUUAACUUGUUUUCGAUGAAUGAAGGCAUUUAUGAAGUUAUUUUUGCCAGACUUCAUGUUAAGCCAAUAACUAAUUCCAAAGCCUGUAAAAUAUUUGUUUGACUAGAUCUCAUUGUUAGGAACCUUGCACUUUGGUUACCAUGGCCACACACUGACUUGUUGAACCUCCCUGAAAACAACCUGGGCCGAGCCUUGUGAUACGGAACAUACGUAACCCUGCUGGUUAUCGUUUGGUUCUGAACCCAACUUCCUGUUCUCUGCAACUUCCUGGACACACGUCUUUCACCCUGACCUCGUCGCCUUGAGCCUUAGUUACCAUGACCUGUUUCCGUGGUGACCGGGAGGAGUUUUAUUGUGAAGUCCUGCUAUUGGAUGAGAGCAAGAUUGCCCUGACUGCUGAGCAAGGCAUCAAGAAAUCAACGAAAGGCUCAACAAUCCUGCAGCUGAUCUUUGACCGCAUUAAUCUGGCGGAGAUUGACUACUUUGGUCUGAGAUAUUGUGACAGACAUCAUCAAACACACUGGCUGGAUGCCUCCAAAACUCUGUCUCAACACCAACACCUUAUUAGUACUGGGCCACCAUACACUCUGUAUUUUGGGGUAAAAUUUUAUGCUGAAGACCCCUGCAAGCUAAAAGAGGAAAUUACCAGGUAUCAGUUCUUUCUUCAAGUGCGUCAGGACAUCUUACAGGGGCGCCUGCCUUGCCCUGCUGACACCACUGCUAGGCUAACGGCACUGGCGCUACAGGGUAACGAGCUUGGGGACUAUGAUGCAGGUGACCACAAACAGGCAUUAGACGAAGAAGUCCAGCUAAUCUACCAGACACUUAGUGGAACUUCUCAUUCAGAGGCAGAGUCUCUCUAUCUUUCUCUCGCCAAAACUCUGGACAUGUAUGGAGUUGACCUGCAUCCAGUCUAUGGUGAGCAUCAGUCCGAGUACUUCCUUGGGCUAACCCCGGUGGGUGUGGUCGUUUACAAGAACAGAGUUCAAGUGGGCAAAUAUUUCUGGCCCAGGAUCUCCAAAGUCCACUUUAAAGACACACAGUUUGAGCUCAGAGUGGUUGGCAAAGAUGGUUCAGAGACCUCAUUUGUCUUUGGGGCGGUCGACAGAAAAUCCUGCAAGCAGCUGUGGAGAAGCUGUGUGGAGUUCCACUCCUUCUUCAGAAUGUCAAGUGGUAACGAGGCAAAUACAUUGACGAGGAAGUUGUCCAAGCUAGGAUCGAAACACCGCUACAGUGGUCGCGUGUCCAGCCAACUGAGAGCCAGUCAGGAUGUAGUUCUACCCAGACAGGAUGUCAUUGUUGUUCGAAAGCCAAGCAAAAAACUCACUCACUCUUCUGGUAAAACAAAUAAAACCCAGAAUGCAGACCAAGAAGAAACACUGAAACUCACGUCAGCGCUUCCUGUUAACAGCUCCAAACCAGCAACCGUAGAAGAGGAGCAUCAUGGAAAGCCCAGUGCACCAUGGGAAGGGAAUGGCACCCAGAGUGGACUAUACGGCACCUCCAAAGAUCGGACCAGGUCACCCAAGUUCCCUGCAGCGCGUGUACGAACCCCGCUGACAGACGGGAAUGGAGAAAGGAGACGAAGGCUCAGCCAGGAUGAUGGUGACCGACCAAACAGACUGCACAGGAGAAGGUCUCGUUCUCGGGGCAACACGAGCAGCGGUAGUGAAUCAGAGAACUCGUCUAGUGUCCGUGAACAUCGCAAGAAGAAAGAGAGGUGUCAAGAGGACAAUGAUCUGGUUGACUCUGCCCCCCAGUGGGAGGCAGUCCAGCGGCGUCAGAGGGAGCGCGCUCAGAGGGACUCCAACGUUCGUCGUUCCCGCCAUCGAUCCAGAUCGAGAAGCCCAGAUGUUCAAGCUAAAGAGCAGCUGUGGAAACACAUUCAGACAGAGUUGGUGGACCCAGUUGGUCUGUCAGAGGAGCAGCUGAGAGAGAUUCCUUAUAAGAAAGUAGAAACCCAGGGAGAUCCAGUCAAGCUGCGUCACGCCCACUCACCGCGGGGCUCCCGGCAGCACCGGAGAUCCCCUCCCUCCGAGGCCAAUACAAAGACAGACUUGGUGCCUCCUCUACCAGUUACCAGGACAACCGACACUGUGUCACAGGUAUAGACAGACAGGCAGGCAGAUAAACAGACAGACAGACAGGUGGACAGGCAGGCAGGCAGGCAAUCAGGCAGAUAGAGAGAUAGAUAGAUAGAUAGACAGACAGGCAGGCAGGCAGGCAGGCAGGCAGACAGACAGACAGACAGGCAGGCAGACAGGCAGAUAGAGAGAUAGACAGACAGACAGACAGGCAGGCAGACAGGCAGGCAGGCAGGCCGGCAGACAGACAGACAGACAGACAGACAGACAGACAGACAGACAGGCAGGCAGGCAGGCAGGCAGGCAAUCAGGCAGAUAGAGAGAUAGACAGACAGACAGACAGACAGACAGACAGGCAGGCAGGCAGACAGGCAGGCAAUCAGGCAGAUAGACAGACAGAAGGUCUGAGUGAGACAGGUCGAACUUGUUCUGCUCUACCAUUAUACAACCUACUCACUUCCACUUCUGUCAUCUGUCUCCUGCUGAUGUCCACUGUCAGCCUGUGGGAGGUGGCAGCAUGCUGCAGUGUGAGCUGGUUGAUGGUUUCCUACUGUCAGCCUGUGGGAGGUGGCAGCAUGCUGCAGUGAGCUGGUUGAUGGUUUCUUACUGUCAGCCUGUGGGAGGUGGCAGCAUGCUGCAGUGAGCUGGUUGAUGGUUUCUUACUGUCAGCCUGUGGGAGGUGGCAGCAUGCUGCAGUGAGCUGGUUGAUGGUUUCUUACUGUCAGCCUGUGGGAGGUGGCAGCAUGCUGCAGUGUGCUGGUUGAUGGUUUCUUACUGUCAGCCUGUGGGAGGUGGCAGCAUGCUGCAGUGUGAGCUGGUUGAUGGUUUCUUACUGUCAGCCUGUGGGAGGUGGCAGCAUGCUGCAGUGUGCUGGUUGAUGGUUUCUUACUGUCAGCCUGUGGGAGGUGGCAGCCUGCUGCAGUGAGCUGGUUGAUGGUUUCUUACUUAUUUUGUUCUGCGUGAUCGUUCCAAAAUGUUCAUCAAGACUUCAGUACAUUACUUCAGCAGUGGUCGCGUGCUAAUACAGUUCGAUUACUAUAUUUUUGAAGUACAAUUCCUUAUGUGUAUUUGUUGACGACUUAAAGGUGGGAGAUUGGUAUGUUUUGUACUGCUGCUGUAUUUAUACUGUACAUUUACUCCAUUGUCAUGAAGUACUAGUAGACAGAAACACUGUAGAAGCACUUCUUGGGAAACUCCCCAGUGUAUUAAUGGAAAAAAAAACAACAACAUGUAAAUAUGGUAACUUUCCAAAACGAGCAACAACUGCUAAUGCAGUAUUGUGUAUUUUGCAAUACUAAUAGUAUUUAUCAUGUACUUUUACAUUUUCUUAGUGCUCAACUGUUUUAAGCCCUCUUGAGUUAUUGUUCCAUGCUAAGGAAGAAUACAUAGUAACAAAUUGUCUUGAAAUACUAGCAGGAUAUACUUUUCUACUAGUUGUACCUACAAUCAAUACACAGCAUUUGAAAACACUUGAAGUACUUUGUGUAUUAGAUGGACACUGGAAUUGACUAGAACUUUGACUGGAAUAUUUCAAAAUACAUGAUGCACAGACUACAGCAUUUCUCAUUAGAA